AUGGGUGUGAUCACAAAAUCACCUCGUGGGAAGCUCUCUUUUUCUAUCGUUGUUGCUUUGAUCUUUUCAUUCACCUUCAUCAUUCUGUUGUAUACCGAGAGAAUCAACUUGCUCUCGUCCACCACCGUUUUCAACACCAAAUCAUGUGCGAAAAGGGGUUAUUCCAAAUCUACAAAGAAUUCAAUACAAGAUGAAAGAAACGCUACGGAGGAGAAUAGACUCAAGUCCAUUCUCGAUGAUCGGUUCAUCUUUGAGGCAGGCGAAUGCAACACUGCAAGAGGGAAAUGGGUCUACAACCAGUCGUUUGAACCCUUGUACACUGAUCUUUCUUGUCCGUAUCUCGAUAGGCAAGUGUCUUGUGUUAAGAAUGGAAAGCCUGAUUCUGAUUAUCGACGAUGGGAAUGGCAACUCGAUGGUUGUGUCCUUCCAAGGUUUGAUGCAAAAUUAGCACUUGAGAAGAUAAGGGGGAAGAGGGUCAUGUUUGUAGGAGACUCGUUACAAAGAGGGCAAUGGCAAUCUUUUGUUUGUUUGGUGGAGUUUCUUAUACCGAAAGAUCAGAAAUCAAUGCGAAGAGGUCGUGUUCAUUCGGUUUUCACAAUAAAGGAUCACAAUGCUACGAUUGAAUUCUAUUGGGCGCCAUAUCUGAUAGACUCGAAUACAGAUGUACAAAUAAUAGGAGACCCGAAGAAGAGAAUACUUAGAGUGGAUUCCAUUGAAAAACAUGCUAAACAUUGGAUUGGCGUUGAUGUUCUUGUGUACAAUACUUAUGUUUGGUGGAUGACUGGUACCAAGAUCAAAUCCUUAUGGGGUUCAUUUGCAAAUGGGGAAGAUGGAUACGAAGAAUUAGAUGCAUCGGUUUCCUAUAGAAUAGCUUUGAAGACAUGGGCAAAUUGGAUUGAUUCGAACAUCGAUCAGAACAAAACCCGUGUUUUUUUCACCACCAUGUCCCCAACUCAUCAAAGGAGUGCGGAUUGGAACAACAAGGGAGGGAUGAAAUGCUACAAUGAAACGAAACCGAUAAUGAAAAAAGGCCAUUGGGGAACAGGAUCUGAUAAAAGAAUCAUGAGUGUGGUACGUAGCGUGAUUGGAAAAAUGAAAGUUCCAGUUACUGUGGUCAACAUAACACAGUUAUCAGAAUAUAGAGUAGAUGCCCAUUCGUCUGUAUACACGGAAAUGCUAGGUAGAUUGUUGACUGAUGAGCAAAAAGCUGAUCCAAUGAAAUUUGCGGAUUGCAUACACUGGUGUUUGCCAGGAGUUCCAGAUACCUGGAAUCAAAUAUUUCUUGCGUCUUUGUAGCACAGAUGAU